AUGGUACUCCCACAGAAGCCAGGAGGUAUCCGCCCCCCAUGGCGCGACGAGCUUGACCUCAAUAUCGACCAGUCGAGUAUCUAUGAAUUCACUCUUGCAACCAUCGACCGUAACUCCGCGGGUCAACCCAUUCCUCGUGCACGCAUUUGCAGUUGCCGGGGUUUCUUCCCAGAGCUUGAUAUCCACCCAAAUGGACGAAAGGAUUUUGAGGAACAGGAGGAUGGAGAUAAUCCGCCUGUUUAUGAAAGUGAUCUUUUAUCGUUCUCAACAGAUAUCCGGAUGGAGAAGUUGGCCCAGAUCGAGACAUCAGGGCAUUCAGUUGAGGCUCUAUUCUGGCUCAAAGACAUGAUGACACAGUGGCGAGUCCAAGGCCUGGCAUAUGCUAUCGGUGAUCCAGUUGGAGAAGAAAAUGAGAAGGAAAAGUCAGCUAGAGAUAUAAUUGGCCCUCAACUGAGAGUGAAGCCUGACAUUGAGGAUUUGGAUUUAUUGAAUAAAUGGACAUGGGACAGGGCUGUGACGAAAUAUUUUGCAAAGCACUCACCUUUAAUGCGAGGUUCCUUUAUACGCCCACAUCCUGGAUUGCCCAGAUCAGAUUCCCCUAGUGAUAAAUUUGUGGAAAAGGGUCAUAGGAUAACUGACCUCCACGACGUUGGUGCACGAUCAAACUUUCGGGUCGUACUUAUUAUACCUGAAGAGGUUGAGCGCCUUGACAUAUCAGACUAUGAUAAUUUCCGAAGGAUCAGAUGGAAUCUUGUAAAGAGUGUUGACGAGGAUGGUCAGCCACAAAAUCAUUGGGAAGAAACUGAACUUAAUCCGUGA